AUGGGGACGACUCUUGUGAUCAUAAACUGCAUAAUUUUAGCCAUAGGAAACUGUGGAGGUCCUCUGAUUAUGCGUCUCUACUUCAACAAUGGUGGCAAAAGGAUUUGGUUCUCUACUUUUCUUGAAACCGCAGGCUUUCCAGUUAUCUUCCUCCCUCUGCUCGUCUCCUACGUUCACCGGCGAAGAAGCAACAACAACGAAGGCGGAAAUUCAAGUUUCUUUCUCAUUAAACCUCGUCUCCUUUUAGCGGCUGCUCUGAUAGGAAUUCUCUCGGGCUUUGAUAACUACUUGUACGCAUAUGGCAUAGCUUAUCUCCCAGUUUCAACAGCUGCUCUUAUCAUUGCUUCACAAUUAGCUUUCAUAGCCAUCUUCUCGUAUUUCAUGGUCCACCACAAGUUCACUCCUUUCACCAUCAACGCUGUUGUUUUGUUGACUGUUGGAGCUGCUGUAUUGGGAAUGCAUACCGAAACUGAUAAGCCGGUUCACGAGACUCACAAGCAAUACAUCAUUGGGUUCUUGGUGACCGUGGCAGCAGCUGUUAUGUAUGCUUUUAUCUUGCCAUUGGUUGAGCUUGCUUACCAGAAAGCUAAGCAGCCCAUGAGCUAUACGCUCGUGCUAGAGGUCCAGUUGAUUUUGUGCUUCCUUGCUUCUUUAGUCAGCGUCGUCGGUAUGUUCAUCGCCGGUGAUUUCAAGGCCUUACCAAAAGAAGCAAGAGACUUCAAGCUUGGAGAGACAAUGUUCUAUGUGGUGGCUGUCUUUUCAGCCAUAAUUUGGCAAGGAUUCUUCUUGGGAGCCAUUGGAUUGAUCUUCUGCGCAUCUUCUCUGGUCUCUGGUAUUAUGAUAUCGGUCCUUUUGCCCAUCACAGAGGUUUUAGCUGUUAUCUUCUACCAUGAAAAGUUCCAAGCAGAGAAGGGUCUUUCUCUUGCUCUCUCCCUUUGGGGUUUUGUCUCUUAUUUUUAUGGUGAGAUCAAAGCCGAAAAGGAUAAGAAGAGAAUUCAGCAGGAGACUGAACUGACUUCUUUGCCCAGAACCAUAAGCGAGUGUUAA